CUCACACAGCACCAAUUGUGGCCAUCCCAGCUACUGCCAAUAAGCUACAGUGAGCUCACGGCCUAGACGCUACUACUACAACCACCAGCAUCCUCAUCAUGUCCACCUCACUGAGAGUCAGCCCCUCUGUCCAUGGCUACCGGUUUGACACCGCUUCCCGGAAAAAAGCCACCGCCAACAUCUUUGAAGGGGUUGACCAGGAGUCGCUGCAGAAGCUCUUUAAAAAGACUGGCGAUAAGAAAGCGGAGGACAGAGCCAGGAUCAUCUUCUGCAUCGACCAGGACAAUGAGGAGAAGGCCAGGGCGCUGCUGGCGCUAAAGCAGAGGACCAGGGACAAAAUCCUGCAGUUCCUCAAGCUCCGCAAGCUUCCCAUCAAGGUGAUCUGAGCAUCUUGGCCUGAGAGCUUACAAUCUAAGCGCGGAAGUUUAGCCUGAGAAAAGAGAUCUGGAGAAAAAAAAAAAUUGAUGGUUCGGCAAGCCUUUGCAUCUCAAGAUGAAGUAAAGAGACUGUUCUGCAGAGCUUGCAAUCUAACCUCGAGACGCUGCGUCCUACUGAGUUGGAAGCGUGUGCUCCCGAAAGAGACAGUUUUCAUGGGACUGAGCGUUCCCUCCAGAGAAAGGAGACGGCCCAGGUCUCCGGGGUGACCGAAGGAGAAGCUGAGAUACAUGGACCAUGUGGGGCGCACCUGGCUGUGCCAAGAGACUGUCCAGUGAAUUCUCCCUAGCAGGACUAUGGGGGGUGGAGGGGAAGCGGAGGACUGGUGAGCGAGAACAUGACUUUUAUUGGUGCUGGUUAUGUCAUAUUUAAGCUGCUAUUGAUUUUUAUACGUUAUAUAUUUGUUAAUAAAUUUGUUCUAUCAUUUUAAA